AUGUCUGUGCCGCCCGGCACGCCAUCACAAAUGGACCUCGCUCCAUCGAGUCCCUCGGAGGUGCCGCCGAGCUCACCGGCCGGCGGCAAGUCCUUUGCGGCUUCUCGCGCCGACGGCGACGAAGACGAGACCAUGGGCACACCAACGCCUAGCAACAACAACAACAACAACAACAACAACAGCAACAGCAACAGCAAGGGAUCUGAAGCCCCGGAAAAUAAGCCGGCCAACUCCCGUAAGAGCAAAGGCGGCGGCGGCGGCGGCGGCGGCGGCGGGUCAAAGGACAAGAAUGCCACCCGGGAGCAGCAGAUCGGCAAGAUUCGCCACCUCAAGAAGGAGGAUGGCGAACCGCUGUGGAGAAGGGACAUUCAGUACGACUUCCUCAAGGCCAUCUUUGACGACGAGCAUGCCGUCUUCACCAACUCGUACGACCCGGAGGGUUUGGGCAAGCAGACGUUUGCCGACCUGUACAUCGACACCAUGGCCCGGAGCACAAAGACCAGCAAGGUGCUGCGCGACAAGCUGCUGAGUGAUCGCGAGGCGGCCAAAGGCAUGGCCAUGGUCUGUCUCUUGGUCAAUGUCGGCCGAAUGAAUACGACGCUCAACUACGGCGAAACCGCAGUCUUUCCCGAAAUGCGAGCCCAACUCCGCACUUACCACGCCAUUCCCUCUCUCCAAGCCCACCAAGAUGCGCACGCGUACAAGCAACUGCAGGACGCUCCCCGUCUAAAAUCCAUCCUCAAGGGCGGUGCCGAGGACAGGAGCGACCCCACGUCGCUCUCGGAUAUCAAGGACAUGGACGUGCCCCGCACUAACCCGGUCAACCUAAUCUUUGUCCUGUGCAACGAGGCCGCUAAGGUAGCGGAGCUGCACUUCCCUUCGAGGCGCGAGUUCCACGACCUGAUCAUGAAGACCAAGUACACGAGCCAGUCUCGCGCCCGCGCCUUCCUGUGGCUGAUGUGGUUCCACCUCGAGUCCGACUUCACCGAGGAAGGCUGCUGGGAGAACCCGUUCGGAGCAGGCGUCGACUACGGCCUCGGCGUGGCCAACCAGGGCAUCCCCCGGCUCGAAAAGGUGGACGAGACCUCGGCGCCGGAGAAUGUCGACACCCCCGAAGAGAUUGAGUUCGGCAAGGAGAAGCAGAAGACACGCGCGCGCAUCUUGGAGAUGGACUUGGCCUACCUCAACGAGAGGGAGAACCGGAGGGGUAAGAUCCGCGUGCCUAAUCUGGACGACGGCCCGGCCAUCCUACCCCGCAUCCGGCCAUCGAAGCACGAGUCCGACAUGGACAGCACCCGAUCCACACCCCCACCCAAGGGCGGCCGGGCAGGACACGGCGGCGCGUCGAGCCGCCGUGGUGCCCCCCUCAAGUACCAGCUCUAUGAGGGGUCGUCCCCCGCGCGCCCCGCCGCCGCCGAGGUGGGCAACAGCAGCGUCGUGACGCGCAAGCCCCGCCCGCCAACGGCGCACCAGCUGGCCGUGGAGCGCAACCGCCACGAGCGCGUGGAACACAUCCUCGACCGUGGACUCAGGAGGCAGCACCACAAGAGCCGCAAGCUGCGCCGGCAGGCGGGCGCCGUGUUCCGCGCGUACAAGCGCGUCCAGGCGCACGCCCAGGGCGACGACUCCGCCGUCCUCGAAGACAGCGACGACGGCGAGGAUGGUAAGAUGCGGCCCCGCAACCUCACCGCCUCGCUGUUCCGCGAAAGGGGCAUCGGAGGCCUGUGUCUGCUGUCGGAGGAGAAGGACGAUUUCGGCGAGGAAGUCAGCUCCUACGCCGCCGCCCUGAGACGGUCCACGCGUCGCCUUGAACGGUGGAACGGCCGAGAGGCGGAGCUGGGUGUCGUCCCCCCCAUCAAAAAGCCUAGGGUCGUUACUGCUGCUGCAGCCGCCGCCGCCGCCGCCGCAGCCGCCGCCGCCACUGCCGAUGCCGAUGCCGAUGCCGAUGCCGAUGCUGCCGACGACGAAGCCAACUACGACAAGACGAUGAACGGCGGCGACGUCGACGACAGCAUCAUGCCUACCUCUGGCUCCCGGACUAAAGUCAACGGCGAUGGGGACGUCACCAUGAUGGAGGACAUGGAUCUCGACUACGGCGAUCAGACCUAUGGCGAUCAGACGGCCAUGAUGGGUGACGACGAGCGGGGGGACGACGAUGGCGAUGACCCGGAUAGGACAGAGGUCAUGGGUGAUUCCGAUGUCGAUGCGAGUACCAUGUAG